CGGGUUUUGUCCACUAGCUGACCAUAUAAGUCAAGCUGUGAAGUGCUUAGACGGCCAUAAAUCACUUCACUUCUGUUCAAUUGACAUCGUCAAUCACCGCUUCUUCUCGUAGAUCACAACAAGUCAUCUCCAUUGCACGUAUCCGAUCAAUCCCCAGACAUGGUCACUGUAGCAAUCGCUGGAGGUACCGGUGGCGUGGGCCGAACAAUCGUUGAAGAACUUGUUGGUCAAGAUAAACACGAAAUUCUGAUCUUGAGCCGAAAGGCUAACAAGAUACCAGGACUUGAGUCCGUACGAGUAAUCGAAGCAGACUACGAAGAUGUAGCGUCUGUCAAAGAGUCUCUCAAGAAACACAAUGUCGACGUUGUUAUAUCUGCGUUGGCGCUUUUCACUGAAGAAAGCGCGAAAGCUCAGAUGAAUCUCAUCCAAGCAGCAAUCGAUUCUGGCUCAGUAAAGCGCUUUAUGCCCAGCGAGUACGGGGUCAACUACUCACACCCAGGAGUCCUCGAAUUUCACCCAGCAGCGAAAUGGUGGUUGGAUGCUGCCGAUCUACUCCGCAGCUCUCAUCUCGACUUCACACGUGUCAUGUUCGGCUGGUUUUCAGAUUACUUUGGCAUGCCGCAUUGCAAGAGUAAUAUGAAGCCUUUUAAAUAUGCCCUUGAUUUCGACAACCGGAAAGCGGCACUCCCAGGCGACGGCAAGGCGUCAGUCACGUUCUUGCAUUCCACAGAUGUUGCGAAGUAUAUUGCUGCUUUAUUGGACGAGGAGAAGAGAUGGCCUGAGUUCAGCGCUUUUGCUAGCGACAAGUUGACGUGGAACAAAGUCGUGGAAACUGCGGAGAGAGUAACUGGCGAAAAGUGGGAAGUCACCUAUGAUCCCAUCGAUAAGCUAGAGCAGGGUCAAGCGACACUGUUCGAGCAACCUGAGGGCUCUUAUGGACUUCCCGAAGAUGCUACUCGAAGCAUGAUGGCUGAGUUUGGUGUCAUGGCCGUCAAAGGCAUUAUGGAUAUCACAGGAGAGGGACUGAGGAACGAUGUCUUCCCGGAGGUACAUCCGAUCACAGUAGAGGCUUUGAUGCAAAAGGCCUGGGGAAGCAGAUGAUAGUAGCACUGUAAUAUGAGCUGAGGCGUGGUCAAUAUAAAAUCAUGGACGCGCAAAGGAUUAAUCGUGUUGUUUGGUGCAUGACUCGAAACCUAAGCACCAACAAGAACUUUUGACGAAGCUUGCGACGACUGGUAUACGCACAUCUUCAUGACCACACUAGCAGCGGCCAAUAAAACAGUUUUGAUUACACCUAGUUCGAGUCUCUUCCGACGCUAACUUCGGCGCUUCCCGCCUGGGCGCGGUCCUUGCGCCAAAUUGUCCGCCCGCUCGUUUCAACGCUCCUAAGCGUACGUAUGCAGCCAGGCCAACUUCACAUAGACAAAAUCGCAUUGUACAACAUGACGCAUGACACUAGUACGAUUGAGUCUAC